AUGGUCUCAGAUGUUUGCAAAAUAGCUCUGGCGGUCUGCAUCCCGGCAAGCUUCUUCACAGCACUGUUCGCGUUUGCUAUGUGGUUUCGCCGGAGGAGACAGCAGGGGCUUCUACAAUUCGUCACUGCCUAUCAUGCUCCUCCCUUGAUCGACUCUAGACCUCUGCCCAAUCCACCGGAAUCUCCUGGACUUGCAAGUCGCAAAGCGAGCUUCGGCCCUCCACAGUUCCAAGAGACCACAAUCACUUUCCGUCGACUUUCUGCAGAGCCCUCCAAACCGGAUGAGAUUCAACGAGUCAAUUCGAUCACAAAUAACCUCCAUAUCCAGUCUGAUACAACGUCCGAUAUCUUACCGCUCGGGGGUCGCAAGUCAUCUAUCGCUUCGGACGUAUCUCGAUCAUCUAUCUUCUGUACCUCAUACAGCGUCAGGCGGGUCAGCGCAGGUGGCGUGGAAGAUAUUGUCAACAUCCAGCCGGCUUUCAUACAGAAUAUGGCGCUUGGGCCAGAGGAGCAGCUUUCUUUCACACCGGUGACCUCAGAACAAGUUCAACCGCCUGUACCUCUGGUGGAUCCCCCUCCGUCUGCCGCAAGGAAACACCGUCGACCGGAUAGCAUCACAAUCACACUCAAGACGAAGCCUGGUCUAAAGUCUGCUGCUUCCUUACGAGCGAUCAAGUCUGCGAUUGACACUGGCUCAAAUGGUCACCAAACAGCAGCAGGAGAUUCAAGCAAGUCUCCAUGGUCAGCAUCUACUAUGGAUGCUUCCGCCGGAGUCAUCUUUCAAGCUUGGCGGGGAUUUCCAGCCGCUCAAGCGGAGACUGGAGAUAAUGUAGCCAUCGAAGACAUUCGCUCGCCCACCCAGUCUAGAUCUCCUGUGGCUGACACGCAGGACUCAUCAGAGACUGAGCAUCCUCACAAGGACAACAAACCGAGCUGCGAGGCGCUUCAUCCCGUCGACAUUGUCAAGAGACGUCACUCGGCUGCCGACCCACGAGCCACACCCCAGCAGCUCCAACCUCGACCUCUAUCCUUGCAGCAUGCAGCGCCUGUCCCUUCAGCCAUGUCCUCCUGCACCGAAACAGGCGGAUCCAUGCCGAAAUCAAAAGCCAAAUUGACUUACCUGUCAGAGCUGGCAGAGGAAUACAAGAACAAUUCUCUCAUUGUGCCUGCCGCAGACAGAUUCGUACAAGAACCCUCGACCUCCCGCCUGGCUAAGAUGCUGAAAGCAGAAAUCAGCGCGCAUCCACCUGAUGAGGAUCAUCGAGUGAGCUCAAAGCCACCUGUCAUUCCUCUUCCUGUGUCUCUCCAAACAAGUUGGACUUGA